CUGCUCUCCACGCCUUUCUGUUAUUGAGUAACAAUUUGUGGAUGAGAUUAGAAAACAAUGUCAUGCAGUGGAAAUUCAUAUCCGUCUUCGAUGUUUAAAUUCGGAUUUUAAUAGAACGAACAGUAUACUGAUCCGAUCAAUAGGUCCAACUACUAUUGCUAUCCCAUCAUCACGUACUGUAGCAACUCCGUGCAGGAGAGGACAUCACUAAUCCUGUGGAAUCCGUUAGCAGGCACACACAGUUCAUACAAUGGGUACGGCAGUUAUUGCGUUUUGAGUUACUGUUUACCUUCACCUUUGAUUGCUCCUGCAUUUGGCUGGUUUCCACCUCCUAUCUCUACAGCCGUGUUUGCCUCUAAUGGCUCUGGCCAAUUCCACCAAGCAAACACUCACUCUCACUGCCUUUGACUGAUGAAGAGGUGACGACUCACUGAAUGGGAGCUAGUGCUGGACAGUCAGACCUUGGGAUACAACAGGAACAGAGCAGCAAUGCACCGAUGGCCAACCCUCCACCGCAUUUGCUGUGAGGUUAGAGAAGUGAGGAGGAGAACGUGAACUGUACUAGAUGCCAUGAUGGAGGACGACCAGACCAAGUCGAAGCCACCUACACCUUCUCCCUUGCUGGACCUAGAACACAGUGACGGAGCCUCGCCAGUAUCGAACCAUGCAGAGUUCCUGGGUGUGAACCAGAUUCAGGUGGUGGUGAGCCGGAGCUCCACCCCCCAAGUCACGGAGGAGACCUACUUCAUCCCCCGUAACCCGGUGGUGGAUGCGGGCACCAACACCGACCCCCCGGUCAUCUGCUGUGGCAGGCUCCGCCGGGAAUGCCCCUGCCCGCCCCGAGGCCUCCUGUCCUCCCUCAUCACCAAGGUCCUCAUUGCGUUAGUGCUGUUUGGCGUGGUGUGGUCCAUCACAGAGAAGGAGUGUCUGCCGGGGGGGAACCUGUUCGGCAUCACCGUGCUCUUCAUCUGUUCGGUCACCGGGGGCAAACUGGUGGGCCUCAUACAGCUGCCCAAACUGCCUCCCUUUCCCCCGUUACUGGGUAUGCUAUUGACGGGCUUCCUGCUGCGUAAUAUCCCCAUGGUAACGGACGCCGUGUACAUCGACUUCCGAUGGUCUGCCUCCCUGAGGAACAUUGCCCUCGCUGUCAUCCUGGUCCGAGCAGGCCUGGGAUUGGACGGCUCGGCUCUGAAGAAGCUGAGUAUGGUAUGUGCGCGCGUGGGAAUGGGACCCUGCAUCAUCGAGGCCUGCACCGUCGCCAGCGUCUCCCACUUCCUCAUGGGCUUGCCCUGGAUCUGGGGAUUCAUCCUAGGAUUUGUGCUGGGAGCCGUGUCCCCGGCCGUGGUGGUUCCCUCCAUGCUGCUGCUGCAGAAGGACGGCUACGGCUUGGAGCAGGGCAUCCCUACCCUCCUCAUGGCCGCCGGCAGCUUCGACGACAUCCUGGCCAUCACCGGCUUCACCACCUGCAUGGGCAUGGCCUUCGCCACCGGCUCCAUGUGGUACAACCUGCUGAGAGGUAUACUGGAGGUGGGAGGGGGAAUGGUAGCUGGGGUACUGCUGGGAUUUCUGCUGCGCUACUUUCCCAGCAAAGACCAGGACAACGUCGUGAUGAAGCGCUCAUUCCUGCUGCUGGGCCUGUCGGUGUUUGCCGUGUUCGGCAGCAACGUGGCCGGCUUCCCCGGCUCGGGGGGCCUCUGCACCCUGGUCCUUGCCUUCCUGGCUGGCCUAGGCUGGAGAAGAUCAAAGGUCCCUGUGGAGGACAUAGUGGGUAUUGCCUGGGAAGUGUUCCAGCCACUGCUCUUUGGCCUGAUCGGGGCUGAGAUCCAAAUCUCAGAGCUGGACAAAAACACUGUCGGCCUGGGCAUAGGCUCUCUGGCCAUUGGUCUGCUGGUGCGUGUUCUCUUCACCUUCGUCUGUGUGCUGUGUGCCGGCUUCAACUUCAAAGAGAAGCUCUUCAUCGCUCUGGCCUGGCUACCCAAAGCCACCGUACAGGCGGCCAUCGGCUCCACAGCGCUGGACAUGGCCCGCACCAAGGAGGAUAAGGUGCUGGAGAAGUACGGCAUGGACGUGCUGACAGUGGCCGUGCUCUCGAUCCUGCUCACCGCCCCCAUAGGGGCCCUGGUCAUCGGACUCACAGGACCUCGCCUGCUGCAGAAACCAAAGAACCCUGCCUGGGAGCGGGAGCAAAGCGGAACUAUGACCGAGUCCCCAAUCACCUACGAGAGUACCCUCUGAUACCAAACCAACGUCGGUGGUGGGAACCAGGAAGAACACUUCACCAAGGAGGAAAUGGGGGCACUUCAAAGGUGCAUCUAAAGGGCAUCCUAUUCUAGUGUAAAAAUGCCACCCUAUUCCCUUGAAAGUGCUGUACUGUAUUGAGAACAGGGUUCCUAUGUCAGACUCUUGUGACACCCAGGAUAUUGCCUUUCGGACAGUGGGGUUUUCAGAGGGCCUUUGCCACUUCAUCUGUGUAUCUGUCCUUGGUGUGUUUGACACCCUGCCAUGUUUAUUUAUAUCUCCCCUGAGGGUAGUUUUCAGGCCUCGAGCUACAGCUGCCACGAUAUCCAAGCAUUCUGCACUAUACUGUAACGUUACGAUACAAUGGCUGAAAAUUCAGUGAUGCUACUACUAAAAUUAUACCCGAUCAUUAAGUGGUUCGAAGAGCGGAGCCACUGGAAUUGAAUGUGUUUGACAUUGACCAUCAGGCAUGUGUUGUGUGUUCAUUAUCACACAGUCGUACACUGUAUGUACGCCCUCACAAAAUGUUUUGUCCUUAGGCAUCAAUUUACCAGCUGUUGAUGUUGUAUUCUGUGUGAAUGUAAUGUAUUUGAGAAGUGUGUUGCACUGUGGUUUGAUACAGAGAAAAUAUUAUAUUUAGCGAUGGACGGUUGUUGCUAGCUAGACGCUGGACAAAGGCAAGACAUUUUUAUUUAUUGUACGUUUCCAUUUAAGCAAUAUUCAAAUCAUGUGUGUACUAAAUGUGAACGUCACAAAAAAACAUGAAUAAUAUGGGCCCCUAGCUAAGAUAUAUUUAAGACUCGUCUUUAACACAAAAUCAGUGUAGCUCAGAUAAUAGCAUCACAUUCCGAGCAAUAUAACUGUAAAAUCAAUGUUUUUAAGAAAAGACUGCCAAAAUGGUCUGUUUUUUUUGUUCUAUUCAUUUGUUUUUAUUAUUCUUAUUAUUCAGUAUUUAUAGUUUUGAUUCCAUAAAGAUUUAAUUAUGCAGUUGA